AAUACGUUUCAUGUCUCUGCCGGUGUUGGUUGUAUGGUUAUACUGCUUUGUUUGUUGCCAUGUCAAUCAUUAAGCCCGCUGAUUGUAAAGUGACCUCAGUAAUUUGGUUUUUAAAUGCAAAAAGUCCGUCCUGCUGAAAUUCACUGGCGGCUUGUUGAAGGUUAUGGUGAGAGUGUAAUGAACAACGAAAAUGUGUGAAAAUGGUGUAGGCUUUUCGAUGAAGGAAGGGCAAAUGUUCAUAAUGAAGAAUGACCUGGCCUGCCUAUUGUCAUGAAUGAAGACUUGAUACAAAAAGUUGAUGAGGGAAUUCAGCAAAAUAGGAGCUUUACAACUGACGAACAUCAUCAGAAAUAUCCACAAUUAUCAAAGUAUGUAGUUUAUAAUAUUGUUACUGUUACAAAAAUGUUCAUUAAAAAUAAUGUGUGUGCAAUGGGUGCCAAAAAUUUUAACCAAAGUACAUAAAGCGUAUGGCACUUUCUUUGUCCUUUUUGGAAUGCUAUCACAAGGAUGGUGACAUUGUGAUUGGUGAUGAUACGUGGGUUGUGUACAACACUCCAGAGACUAACCAUUCAAUCCAGUGAGUGGUACCACUCAAACUCCCUGACAAAGCCACGGAAAUUCAAGCAAACACCUUCAACAAGGAAAAUCAUGGUUACAGUUUUUUGAACCGGAAAAGCAUACUUUUGAUAGACUUUUUGCCGCGAGGAAUGACAAUAAAUAUAGAGAUACUAUGAAACUUUAUUGAAGCUUUGGUGUCCUAUUCAAAACCACUGGCAAGGCCUUCUUCUUCACAACAAUGUUCGGCCUCACGUCAUGGUAAAAACACAUACGCAGCCGGACAAGUUUUGUGGAGAAUUAGUGCAUCAUCCACCAUACAGCCCUGACUUUGCACCAUCAGACUUCCAUCUUUUUCUAAAACUCAAAGAAUUUCUUGUUGUGAAGCACUUGGAAAAUGAUGACAUGUUAAAAGAAACAGUUACUAACUGGUUUAACGGUCAGGCGACAGGCGAAAUGUUUAAAUGUUCAUGGAGCCUAUGUAGAGAAGUGAAUAAAAAUUCACAAUUUAGUUUGUGAUACAAUUUACGUUAGUUUCCGACAAAAACGGAACAUCCAUUACAAAACGGUUCGUACUAUUUAUUAUUUUACAAUGUUUAAUAUAUUAAGACUUGUUUUACACCGAUUAAAAAGGACCUUGAGAUGAUGAUUUAUAAAUUUAGAGCAAAUGUCAUUUAACAGGAGACAAUAUUGAUGUCACUGUACACAAGUGGGCGGAGUGAGCAAAACUUCCCGGAUGCUGAGAGGUUCUGGCCGACACGCUGGCUGCGUAACGAGGCUGGCAAGUACCCAGGGGUGACUGAAGCUACAGCAUCUCUGCCGUUCGCCAUGGGGGGGAGAGCCUGCAUCGGGCGCAAGGUGGCCGACACUCUCAUGUCUCUCACAUUAGCUCAGAUUCUGUCACAGUUCCACGUGAAUAUAAAGAAAGAGAUUGAGAUGGUCUUGAUGUUGGUACCUGUGCCUGCUGAACCUGUCACUCUGUAUCUAUCCAAAAGAGUAUGAUAGGGACUGAUUAGAGUAAUUCUAUAUGUAUUCCAGAAAUUUACCUGUUUUACUGUAUUGUUAAAACAGAUUUAAAUUUUUAUAAUUUGUUAUUUUUCAAUAAAAAGUUAAUAAAGUCUU